AUGCGCAUCACGAUCCUCGUCGAGCUGACCCUGGCCGUUACAGUGGCUGCCUCGCCGUUGACGGCGCACCCUGUCGCUCGAACCACGGCAGCCACUGCCAAUCCCACCUCGAGUCUCUCUGACUCGACGAUAUACUGCGACUACGACGAGAACAACAACCUCUGCGAAGAUAAUGGGCUGAAUAUCCUGCAAUGUCUCGUCCCUGGUCUCGACGGGACUGUUGGAGCUGUCGAAAAUAUUCUUGAUGACUUCAAGUCUGGUCAGUUUGACUUCGGUCUCGGUGUUAAAAUAAUCACCGAGGCCGAACAUGAUGUCGACGACCCCCCGACGAUUUCGCUCGCCAAGAAGGCGUUGCAUAUCCCCCGAGACUCGACGGAUGCGAAUUUGCCAAGCCGGCCGCCGGACCUCAAUCGCUCCGAUGCCGACGGCACCCGUCUGGAUGCCCCGGCCCCAGCACAACUCCGGAGGGAGCAGGAUAUCCAAACGGUCCUAUCGACACCGCUUUGGAAGGCCUACGUUGACAAGGUCGAGCCCUGCACCAAAGUCCUUCACAUACCAACUGCCGAGGUUCUCGUAUACACGGUUAUUGACAAGCCGAGCGAGUGCAGUCCAGGAAUGUUGGCUUUAUGUUUUGCCAUUUUCUUUGCUGCCGCCACGGUAUACGAGCAAGACGAAGCUGUUAGUGUACUUGGCGAUAACCCCGUCGCAAGUCUGCAGCUCUUGAAGACUGGCCUCGAGCAGGCUAUUGCCCACGCCGACUUUCUUGAAAGUCCCACUGUCACCACUAUACAGGCACUCGCGAUAUACUUGUCCAUCGGCCUGCACCGCGACGGUAAAAUGUUGGGCCUGUCGCCCUUCGAAUCUGAAAUCAGGCGGAGGCUCUGGUGGUACAUAGUCUGCCGAGAUGGUCGAGCUGCAGAAGACUAUGGUCUCGAGAACAUGCGGCGAAUGACCCCUGGGUGUGCCGCCGGUAUCGACAUGCCGCUCAACGUCCACGACAGUGAUCUUUACCCCGAAAUGGACGAGCUUCCGCCGAACCGUCCCGGCUGGACCUCCAUGACGCUCUCUUUAAUCACCAUCGCGACAGUGCUCGGAUGGCACGAAAACGCCCAGUCAACCCCAACCUCCAGUGAUGGCACUCGCAGCCAGGUCAUCCAGGACAUCAGAGCACGCGCAAAGGGAUACCUCAGUCGCUGCAACCCCGUGAUCCCACAACAACGACUGACCAUGCACAUCGCCGAUUUUGUUCUUCGCAAGCUGGAGCUCGUCACGCGGCAGCGGAUGCAGAUGCAUGCGCAGCCCGGCACCCACGAGGCUUUCGCCACGGAGGAAAAUCUCCUCGAGGCUGUGGAGAUACUCGAACUCGGCACCACCAUGAUGACCGACGAUCGGCUGAGGCCCUGGCAAUGGUCAACGCGCCUGUACCCGCAAAAUCACAUGCUGCUGUAUGUACUGUGGCACUUGUGCGUGUGCCCAGAUGGGCCGAACCGAGACCGCAUCUGGCAGGUGGUGGAGACGGUGUUCGGCGACACGGAAGCCACACGAGCGGGGUGCGUCGGCGCUGGGGAUCUGGGCUCGCGAUGGGCUGUCCUCACAGUGCUGAAGGAGAAAGCCUUCGCAAGGAGGGCCGGUGAGACGGCGGCCAGCGGAGCCCCGAGGGCACAGGAUCAGACACUGGUGGCGACGCCGGGUGGAAUGGAUGCCAUGGGCGUCUUCACGCAGAUGGGCAAUUUCGACUGGGUAGACGACCUGCAGGUUCUACCAGACUGGACGACAUUGAUGAAGGAUUUUCAGAUGGAGAACACUCUCAAAUUUGGGGUUUGA